AUGGCAAACCGCACGGAUCCAUUAGCAAAGAACAUAAGAGGCACGAACCCACAGAACCUCGUGGAAACGAUCGUGCGGAAUAAAAUCCACGACCACACUUUCUGGAAAGAGCAGUGCUUCGGUCUCACGGCGGAGACGCUCGUCGACAAAGCUAUGGAGCUUGACCACGUCGGCGGAACCUUCGGUGGUAACCGAAAGCCCACUCCUUUCCUCUGCCUUGUACUGAAGAUGCUUCAAAUCCAGCCUGAGAAGGAGAUCGUUGUUGAGUUCAUCAAGAACGAUGAUUACAAAUAUGUUCGUGUUCUUGGUGCGUUUUAUCUACGGCUCACUGGGUCUGAUGUUGAUGUGUAUCGGUACCUUGAGCCUUUGUAUAAUGACUAUAGGAAAGUGAGGCAGAAGCUAGCUGAUGGGAGGUAUGAGUUGAAACAUGUGGAUGAAUUUAUUGAGGAGCUUUUGACUAAGGAUUAUUCUUGUGAUAUUGCAAUGCCACGUUUGAAGAAAAGGUGUACGCUGGAACAGAAUGGUAGUUUAGAGCCUAGGAAAAGUGUUUUGGAAGAUGACUUUGAAGAGGAAGAAGAAAAGGAAGAGAAUGAAGGGAUUGCUGACGGUUCUGAAGAUGAGAAGGAUCAUCAUCGUAGGAGUCCUGAAAGAAAAAGAGAGCGGGACAGAGAGAGAGAUGGGAGACGUGACAGUCAUAGACACAGGGAUCGUGAUUAUGAUAGAGACUCUGACAUGUACCGAGACUAUGACAGAGAACGUGGGCGUGGUCGAGAUCAGGAUCGGGAGAGAGACAGAGAUCACUAUAGAGGCCGGGAUAGAGAUAGGGAGAGGGAACGAGGGAGAGAUAGAGAAGGAGACAGAAGAGACAGAGCAAGACGUAGAAGUAGAAACAGAAGUAGGGAUCGUAAGAGGCACAACAGUGAUGAUGACCGGGAAAGGGAGGAACCAAAGAAGAUGAAGGAAGAUGGAACAGAUCAUCCUGAUCCUGAAAUUGCAGAAGCUAACAAACUGAGAGCAUCUCUGGGACUGAAACCCUUGAGAUAA